GCGCGGCGGGCAGCGGCCGCUGACGCGGGGCGCCGGCUGCCAACUUCGCGCGCGGAGCUCCCCGGCGGCGCGGUCCCGGCGGCGCGGGCGGCAUGAAGACGAGCCGCCGCGGCCGAGCGCUCCUGGCCGUGGCCCUGAACCUGCUGGCGCUGCUCUUCGCCACCACCGCCUUCCUCACCACGCACUGGUGCCAGGGCACGCAGCGGGUGCCCAAGCCGGGCUGCGGCCAGGGCGGGAGCGCCAACUGCCCCAACUCGGGCGCCAACGCCACGGCCAACGGUACCGCCGCCCCCGCCGUCCCCGCCGCCCCCGCCGCCGGGAACGGCCCCCUUGGCGGCGCGCUCUACAGCUGGGAGACGGGAGACGACCGCUUCCUCUUCAGGAAUUUCCACACCGGCAUCUGGUACUCGUGCGAGGAGGAGCUCGGCGGGCUCGGUGAAAAAUGCCGCAGCUUCAUUGACCUGGCCCCGGCUUCAGAGAAAGGGGUCCUGUGGCUGUCGGUGGUCUCCGAGGUACUCUACAUCCUCCUGCUGGUGGUUGGCUUCAGCCUCAUGUGUCUCGAGCUCUUCCACUCCAGCAAUGUCAUCGACGGGCUCAAGCUCAAUGCCUUCGCGGCUGUCUUCACGGUGCUCUCAGGCCUCCUGGGAAUGGUAGCCCACAUGAUGUACACGCAGGUGUUCCAGGUCACUGUGAGCCUUGGCCCUGAAGACUGGAGACCCCAUUCCUGGGACUACGGGUGGUCCUUCUGCCUGGCGUGGGGCUCCUUUACCUGCUGCAUGGCAGCCUCUGUCACCACGCUCAACUCCUACACCAAGACGGUCAUUGAGUUCCGGCACAAGCGCAAGGUCUUUGAGCAGGGCUACCGGGAGGAGCCGACCUUCAUAGACCCUGAGGCCAUCAAGUACUUCCGGGAGAGGAUGGAGAAGGGGGACGGGCACGAGGAGGAGGACUUUCGCUUGGAUUGCCACCACGAGAGAUACCCUGCCCGACACCAGCCACACAUGGGGGAUCCCUGGCCCCGGAGCUCGGCACACGAGGCAGCAGAACUGAACCGCCAGUGCUGGGUCCUGGGGCACUGGGUGUGACCGUGAACAGCCUGGUUCCAGACCUCGGGCCAUCAUCAGCACCAGCCCCCUGCCACAGGAUCACUGGUCUGGCGCCUUUGGAACCUGGCCUGUGUGCUGUGAACUCAGCCAGCCUGCGUGGGAGACACGUGGGCUGCCCUGCCCACGGCUGCCUGGGUCUCAGCGUCCUAGAAUUGGGGCCAGGGCGUCUGAGGGGCUGCACAGGCCUGCACAGUAUGACCUGGGGACAGCCACUCUGACUCCUGCCUCCGUCAUGUGCAGAGCCCUGCUGGGUGCAGCUGGGAUGCUGAGAAGGACACGGACCUUGGCCGCUAAAGGGCUGGGACCCACGAGCCAGCCAGGAAGUCUCGGAGGUCCCCUGUUGGGGACAGGGAAUGAGUGGGGCUUCUUGAAAGAGGGGCUGUGGCCUAGGCCCCGCAGCGGGGGAGGGUCCCACUGCAGGCACACAGCAGGGACUCAAUAAAUGCUUGUUGGAUCUGUUUUCUUGCCAUGUGUGGAGGCCAGUUGCUCUCUGGGCUGUGGCUGCCCCUUCGUGGCCCCAUCCUAUCAGGUCUUUAAGGAGCCUGAAGAUGAGACAGCCCUGAGUGUGCUGGUCAGGGUUAGAUGCUGAAGUGUGGGUGGGUGGGAGGAAAGGGGGAUGGUCCUGUAGCUGAGGCUGGGUUGGGGGGAUGGGGUCAGGAUAGAGCCAGGCUGGCAGGCUCUCUUGGAUUCCAGAGGGUGGGGAGGUGGGCGCCAGGCAGGCAGGACACUGGAGAGGGCCAUAAAUAGGCCCUCAAACCCAGGCCCUCAGCCACCCUGACCCCCAUGGGGACCCUUUACCCUGUGUCUAGAGUCACAUUUAUAUCAAACCUUAGGGCUUAGAUGCCUGGAGAAACAGAUUCCUAUUAUGAAGAUGAGGGAACUUAGGGUCACAGAGAUGAAGCAUCUUGCCCAAGAUCACAGAGCUAGCAAAAGCAGUGUUAAGGGUUUGAAUUAGGACUCCUGACUCCAAGAGGCCUUGUCCCUUCCCAAAGGAUUUCUAGAGAUUUCCCUCAAGGAGAGAAUGUUGUUCUUCAUUCUUCUAUAAACACAUCAUCCAACCAACCAUUCAUCAAUCCAUUCAUCCAUCCAUCAUCCACCCAUCUAUCCUUCUAUCCAUCCAUCCAUAACCCAUCCCUGCAUCCAUUCAUCCAUCCAUCUAUCCAUUUGUCCGUCCAUUCAUCCACCCAUCUAUCCAUCCAUUCAUUCAUUAUCCAUCCAUCCACCCCCCAUCCCCCAUCCAUUCAUCCAUCUGUCUAUCCAUUUGUCUGUCUAUUCAUCUUCCCAUCUAUCCAUCCAUCCAUCCAUAACCCAUCCCCGCAUCCAUUCAUUCAUCCAUCUAUCCAUUUGUCCAUCCAUUCAUCCACCCAUCUAUCCAUCAAUCCAUUCAUCAUCCAUCCAUCCAUCCAUAACCAUCCAUCUAUCCAUUUGUCCAUCCAUUCAUCCACCCAUCAGUGGUCAUUCUUCCUUUUACCAGACAUCCAUCCAUCCAUCCUUUCACGUAUCACCUGCCCUCAUUAUUCAGCCAUCCAUCUGUGUAUCCAUCUACUCAAUGAUACAAUUCCUUGUGCUCCUACUGCGUGCCAAACACCGUGGCAGGCACUUGAGAUAGGAUGCUAAUUCAGAGACAGUGUCUGUCCUCAGAAAGCUCACAGAUGGGCAGGACACAAACUAGACAGGUGAAGACAGAACAGUGUGUGGAAUGUUCUGGGACCAGGCAGCCUGGGUGCCGAUUCCAGCUCCUCCACUUGAGAUCGGGGGCACAUUACCUGACCUCUCUGUGCCUCACCCCUGUGGGCAUGUGGGGAUCAUCAGUUCACAUACUUCUUAAAGCUCUUCUGAGGGUUAAAGGAGCUAAUAUACGUGCCUUUAGAACAGAGCCUGGCACAUAAACGCUCUGUCGGUGUUUGCUGUUUUCUCAAUGAGGGGAAGUUGGCGGGGGUGGGGGUGUGUGUGCUGCAGAAGCCCAUAGGCAGCACCUGCUUGUAGGAGGGAGUGGGGCUCGUGGGAGGCUCCUUUGGGAAAAUGACAUUUAAGCUGAGAUAUGACGUUGUCUAGAUGUCAGGCAGGCAAGAGUGUAGAGGGAAAGAAAGUUGGGAACAUCAUAGGAACUUUGGGAUAGUCUAGAUGGCAGGUAUGUGGAGAGAAAGAAGGGCAGCAGAUGAGAAAUCAGGCCGCAGAUGUUAGUGGAGCUGGAGGGACUGAAGCCUCUUUAGGAAGGAUCUGCGGGAGAUGCUUUCAGGCAAAGCGGGGAGCACCCAGCUGAGCAUCCCAGGAAGGUCUCCGCAGCUCUGGGCAGAGAACAGAUGUUGGGGGACAGCCCCCAUCCUUGUCCUCACCACAUGUGAAGGGAGGGGAAAGGGUGAACUGGUUCAGAGUGGAGUUCCUGGGACAGCACAGUGAAGGCAGAUUCAGGAGGGAAAAUGAGCUGAUGUGGGAGGGUGGGAGGGGAAAGUCAGCGAUGACACUCAGGUUAGGGGCUGGGGGGAGGUGGGGGCAGGUUCAGAUGUCUUGAGUCUCAGGUGCCUGGGAGAUACCCAGGUGGAGAUGUGUGCUUAUUCACCCAUUCAUUCAUGCAUUUGUUAAUCAAGUCAGUGAUUCAUUCAUCUAGUAACUAUUGUGGACCUACUGGGUGGGGCAGGAGCUGGGUCUGGGAGAGAGACUGGGACUCAAAUAAAAAGGCUUUGCAUAUCAGGGUGAAGAGGUCAGCUGGGCGAGAAGAAACGGCCGCAGCAGCUCCAGCUGCAGACUGGGCAGGGGCAUGUCCAAUGGGAAUCUGGCCCUGGGUACCUUGGAGCUCUUUAUUCUCUUCUAGGAUCCUUUUGAAGUUGCCAAGUGGAUCACAGAGGUCCGGGAGAUGAUUUUUUGUUGAAACAUGGGCAAAGUUUUUAUCUAUUUUAAUAGUUGUGUUUAUGUAAAUUGUGUAUUAGGAAAAAAAUGUAUAACGGGCACGCGAGUGCCGUUGAUUUCACAGACGUAUUGCUUAGGAUGAAGCCAAAAUAGGCAUUUAAGUUAAAAGGCAAAAAAGUUGGCUUAAAGAAAAAUAUUAAAUAAAUAAUCGUGCAAGUGC